AAUAUAACUUCCUGUUAAGAGGCCCUUAGCGCAUUGCUGAAGGUGUGAGCGUUCUUGUCAUUUCUCCGUCUUUCGAACCUAAAGCGAGCUUGAGGACACUGGGGAGUAAAACACAGGAAACCGAGCCGACCGAUUAGACAGCCGUGAAAACGACUUAUGGUGUCUUAGAAGAGGCACUUGUACCCCUGGUUAUGGCGACACUUCUUGGGCUAAGAUUCUUAAUCUUAGCCCUGACUGGAUUGGCAGUAUGUAAAGAAUCAACAGGCCAAAACUCAACCACACCUCCCACGCAGCAAACCACCAUUGCAAAUUCCAGUAAAGUCACAAACACCUCUGACUCUGCAAGCACUGUGUCCAUUGAGACAACAGCCUCACCCUCACCCACUGCACGCAACUUCAGCACAACAGACACAAACACCUCUGACUCCACAAGCACUGGGUCCAACAAUACAGCAGCCUCACCCUCAUCCAUUACACCUGACACAACAGUCACAAACACCUCUGACUCUGCAAGCACUGUGUCCAUCGAGACAACAGCCUCACCCUCACCCACUGCACGCAACUUCAGCACAACAGAUACAAACACCUCUGACUCCACAAGCACUGGGUCCAACAAUACAGCAGCCUCACCCUCAUCCAUUACACCUGACACAACAGAUACAAACACCUCUGACUCCACAAGCACUGGGUCCAACAAUACAGCAGACUCACCCUCAUCCAUUACACCUGGCACAACAGACACAAACACCUCUGACUCCACAAGCACUGGGUCCAACAAUACAGCAGGCUCACCCUCAUCCAUUACACCUGACACAACAGUCACAAACACCUCUGACUCUGCAAGCACUGUGUCCAUCAAGACAACAGCCUCACCCUCACCCACUGCACUCACAAACACCUCUGACUCUGCAAGCACUGUGUCCAACGAGACAACAGCCUCACCCUCAUCCACUGCACGCAAGUCCAGCACAACAGACCCAGACACCUCUGACUCUGCAAGCACUGUGUCCAUCGAGACAACAGCCUCACCCUCACCCACUGCACGCAACUUCAGCACAACAGAAAAUCAGACAAAAGGACCAGUGUCGACAGUCACAAACACCUCUGACUCUGCAAGCACUGUGUUCUCAAUCAACAUAACCUCACCCCCAAUCACCACACCCCACACAACAGAAGUAUCCACUUGUGUAUACACCAUCACACGUGGAAAGGAUGCCUUUCAAGUGAAGUUAGAAAAUAUCGACAUCAAAACAAAGACUUACUCUGUUGAAUACAUAGACAACUUUGAUAAUUCCAACAUGACGAAAGAGUUUGGGAGUAAUACAGAUCUCGAGAUAAAGUUUAAAGACUUGAAGCUUUGCCACAAUUACACUGUCCAUGUUAUCCCUCAGUGUGAGGCCAGGGGAAAUGCCACUUUUGACACAGAACUGAAGGAGACAGAUAUAACAAACAUGAAUCUUAAAACGGACAAAGUGUGCUUUAAGACUAAAUGGAAUUUAACACAUUGGUGGUGUAUUGAGAAAAACCAUGAAUCCUGUACUAAGAAGCCCUUGACUAUUAAACACUGCAAAGGAAUAUCGAUCACUCUUCCUCCUGCAGAAACUCCUAAUAUCACAUUUAUGAAUUGGAUGCCUUCUAGACUAAAUUGGACAAAUAAGCCUGAAAACUGCAGGGAUUUAAAUAUCAGUUGCACCUCCAAUGGCUCACGGCACAAUUUCAUUGUAGAAUCAGGAAAGAAUGUGACAGAAGCUCAAUUGUUCCAAAAGUAUGAAUGCAAAGGGAUAUUCCACUAUAGGCCUUUGGCCUGUUGUGAAGAAAACAUCACAAGCGAAGAUCUUGUUAUUAACGUGACAUGUGAUGUGAGAAAUGUCACUGAAUUUAAACCAAGCAAUACGAGCAUAAAAGCAAUAUGGAAUAUAACUAAAGAAAAUUGCCCUAUGUCUGGCUUUAGUUCUGAAGUCACAUGUUUCAGUGGGUCAAAGACAGAAUCAUGUACUUUGCAACCACCUCACAAGGAAUGUGAUGUGAAUCAUUUGGAACCCUAUAUCAAAUAUAAAUGCACCUUUAAGGCAGAAUAUGAUGGCUUAUCACAUUCAGAAACUAAAGAUGUAAAAACUCUUCCUGGACGUCCCAAUAUUUCCAAGCCAGAAGCACGAUUUAUCUCCAGUAAUGCUUUUCGUGUGAAUUGUACCCUUUUUAAGUGGAACGGAGGAAAUGGAAUGUUCCAUGCAGAAAUCUUCCCAGCCAGUGAUAAAGGAAUUUAUAAGAAUGAAACGUGUUUCUUUAUUUUUGACAACCUGAACUAUUUAACUACGUAUAAAGUGGAGGUCUAUGGUAAAAAUUCAAAUGGAAACCAGAGUGAAAGAUUUCCUGUUGACUACACAACUAAUUACAAUGACAGAGCUGUUCUUGGAUUCCUUGUGUUCCUCAUUAUUCUUACUUCUAUUGCACUGCUGUUUGUCCUGUACAAAAUUUAUCUUCUAAAGAGGAAACAGUUAAGUGAUGAACGUGAAAUGGAUGAUCUUUUGCCUACAAAUACCCUCCUCCCAGUGGAGCCCAUUUCUGCUGAUGCGCUGGUUGAGACCUAUAAGAAAAAAAUAGCUGAUGAGGGACGCCUGUUUAUGGAAGAAUUUCAGAGCAUCCCACGAAUUUUCUCCAAUUAUACCGUCAAAGAGGCAAAAAAAGCAGAAAACCAAUCAAAGAACCGCUAUGUUGACAUUCUUCCCUAUGACUAUAAUCGUGUGCCACUCUCUAAUGGAGGAAGACAUGACUAUAUUAAUGCCAGUUUUAUUGAGGGUUACAAAGAGUCCAACAAAUACAUUGCAGCCCAGGGACCCAAGGAAGAGACCAUUGGAGAUUUCUGGAGGAUGACCUGGGAGCAGAACACCUCCAUCAUCGUCAUGGUUACCCGUUGUGAGGAAGGAAAUAAGAACAAAUGUGCUCAGUACUGGCCAUCAGCGGAGAGGGAAACUGAGAUUUUUGACGAUUUUGUUGUGAAGAUCAAGGGAGAGGAGAACUGCCCAGAUUACAUUAUUCGUCGUCUGAGUGUGAUGAAUCGUAAAGAGAAGACACCCGAGAGAGAGGUCACUCACAUCCAGUUUACGAGCUGGCCUGACCAUGGUGUACCUGGGGAUCCUGGCCUCCUCCUCAAGCUGCGCCGUAGAGUCAACUCCUUUAAGAAUGUCUUUAGUGGACCAAUUGUCACCCACUGCAGUGCUGGAGUUGGACGUACAGGCACUUAUAUCUGCAUUGACGCCAUGAUAGAAAGUCUGGAGGCAGAGGGCCGUGUAGACAUCUAUGGAUAUGUAGCCAAACUUCGUCGUCAAAGAUGCCUCAUGGUUCAAGUGGAGGCCCAGUAUGUCCUGAUCCACACUGCAUUGAUCGAGUAUAACCAGUUUGGUGAGACAGAGAUUUCACUGACUGACUUCCACUCAGUGGUCAACACUCUCAGACAGAAGGAAGGUAAUGAGCCCAGUUUGCUGGAGAUGGAAUUUCAGAAAAUUCCAAAGUUUAAAAACUGGAGAACAUCUAACACAGCGUCCACUGAGGAGAACAAGAAGAAAAAUCGUAACUCCUCUGUUGUUCCAUAUGACUUCAACAGAGUCCUGAUUAAACUGGAAGAAGAUAUCAGUAAUGGAAGUGAUGCAGAGGAGGAUGAGGAUUAUUCUUCUGAUGAAGAGGAUGAAAUACCAACCAAAUAUAUCAAUGCCUCAUAUAUGGAUGGAUAUUGGUGUCCAAAAGGCCUGAUUGCUGCACAGGGACCUCUGUCAGACACAGUUGCAGAUUUCCUGCAAAUGCUUUACCAGCAUCGGGUUAAAACUGUGGUCAUGCUCUCAGACUGCACAGAGAAUGGGCAGGAGUUCUGCUCUCAGUACUGGAAUGAUGAGAAGAAGGAGUUUGGCGAGAUGGUGGUGGAGGUCAAAGAGACUGAUACUUUCCCUACAUACAUCAGACGAAGCCUAGAAAUACAGCACACAAAGAGGAAAGAGAGCCACACGACGGCGCAGUACCAGUUCCUGAAAUGGGAGGGAAAUGAGCUUCCGCCAAACCCUUGUGACCUGAUUGACAUGAUGAAAAGCAUCAGGCAGAAUGGUGGCUAUAAAAACAGCCAAGAAAACAGGGGCGCACCCGUUGUAACGCAUUGCAAUGACGGGUCCUCGCGUUCUGGAAUCUUUUGUGCUCUAUGGAACAUUCUGGAUAGUGCAGACACGGAAAAGCUGGUGGAUGUCUUCCAGGUGUCCAAACACCUACGUAAGGAGAGGCAAGGGAUGAUCACCAGCCUUGAGCAGUACCAGUUCCUCUACGCAGCUCUGGAGGUGGCUUUUCCUGUGCAGAACGGUGAAGUGAAGAAGAGCGCAACUACUCCUGACACCGUGCAGGUGAUCAACGAACAGACAGCGCUGAUGAGUGCUACCACUGAAGACCAAGAGGUGGCAGAAAGCAGCCAGCAAGUAGAGCAGAAGGCAGAUGCUGAGCCCACCGAGGCUGCCAAGCCCACUGAGCCCACUGAGCCGAUGAAGCCUGCCGAGACCACCAUGACCAGCGAGUCCAGUGAGCAGACAGAAAAAGCCCCCAGUGAAAGCCCCACCAAUGGUCCUGCUGUUUCUGUAGAGGUUUAAACCGCAUAUAGCACAGCCUUCUAACUUAAUUUUUUCAUUGUUUGUUUCUUUACAACAUUUUUGACAGUGCCAGCAGCCGUGUACAUUGUGUGAACAUAUAUGAAGAUCUGGCACAGUAGAAAUUUUCAAAAGCAAACCUGUGUAAUAAGGUUUGUAUUGCAUUUACUUCUACUUCUAUUUUGUUUAUAUUUCCAUUGUACUUUUUUAGUUUUGAGCAGUUCCUUUUGGAAGCCUCUCGAACUCAAAGAAACUUUCUUACCUCCUUGGGAAGCCAGAACACAAGGGGUAUGCAUUUAGUUAUUUACAUACAAGAAAAUGCAGCAGCAAAACAUGUUUCUUUCAAGUAGUAACUGCUUGGUUUUAAACCUGGAGGCGACAGUGACUGCUCUUUUUCUUUGAGUUUUUUUUUUUUUGUAAGAAAUUGGUUGACAGUUUUAUUGUGUUAUAGUAGCUUUAAAGGUGCCAUAGUAUUCAUUUAGUCAGUAUUUUAAACUGUUCUACAUAAUAGUUAUUUGGCAAAAAAAAUGCCCAGGUGCAGUUUUACACACCCAUUUACAAUCCAGUGAUUUAGCCCUAGAAUGAAACAAGCUGUUUUCCCUUUUUUUGGUGAGCUCAUGAAUAAUAUGAUGAGCUCUGCUGUGAUUUACUAGUUUUCAGUGAGGCACCAAAAUGACACACAAGAGCAACCUGCCAAUAUAGACACAGACAGGAAAAUAAAAUGAACCUCUUUGUAAAUAUUUGUCAUCAUGCAAUUUAGUUAGCUAGGCUAAUCAAUUGGAGAAUGCCAGUAGCUAAUGUUACCUUUACUAGCUACUUGCGUUUGAUCUCAGCAAUACCACAAAGUAAAGAUGUUAGCUCACAAUGAACCUUUUAAUGUAAGAUAAUUUGGCUUCAACUGUCAAAAAAUGUAGAAAAUCACAGCUUGUCUACAUACAGGUUGCUGUUGGGGUUGUGAUGCUAAUAAAGGUGGAACUCCCCCUCUGUCUUUUCAGAGUUAAACACUAUGCGAAGCUACUUGAUAUUGCCCAGUGUUUGAGAAACUGUCUGAAGUAAAAUAUGCAGAGCAAGCUAUCCAUCCAUCCAUCCAUUUUCUAAGCCGCUUCUCCGUCAGGGUCAUGGGGGGGAUGCUGGAGCCUAUCCCAGCGGUCAUCGGGCAGAAGGCAGGAUACACCCUGGACAGGUCGCCAGUCCAUCUCAGGGCAGCAGAGCAAACUAACAACUUUGAAUUAAAGUUGUAAGGGAUCCUGUUAAAGAUGUGGGACCUGAAGUUUUUAUUCCCCAACUUGUUUUGAGAAUUUUCCAUUCCACCUUAAAUGGAGCUGCAGUUACAUUCUGACUGUGUCCAUUUUGGUGCCUGUAUAAGAUGUAGCAUUUCGGUUUGAACAGAUUACUUGAUUAAGAAGCUGGUGAAUAGGAAGCCAACUUCAGCCUCAUUUAAAGAUGAACAUAAAUCAUGCCUGUUAACAGUUUGGAACAGUACAUUUCUGUACAUAAUCCAAUAUUUUCGUUGCUGUUGCUCUGUUGUCAUUGUUUCAUUCUUCACAGUACCUGCUGGGCUAGAACUUGGACUGGGGUAUGUCAGUUUUGAAGGUGUAAAUAUUGUAUCAAGUUUUAUAACAGUUUAGCAUUUUAGAAUUAUCCCAUUUACUGCCCCUUUUGCAAAUACAAGAUUUCAGUUUGAAGGAGGAUGAAACUGUUUGAGGUUCACAGAAUGUCAGUUUCAUGUACCAAACUCUACUUAUUCAACUGUCAAUAUAAACAGUUUUCCAUUCUGUGGCACCUUUAAAGUAAUACAUCUUAGCAUAACAUGUGGAGAAUGGAUCAUUUAUGUGCGUACAGUUCCACCAGGCUACAAGUGCAGAUUUAGCCUGUUCAUGUAUAUAAAAUGAACAUACAUGAACAUGAACAUUGACCUGUUCAUGUAUAUAAAAGUUAGGUCCAGAAUUUGGUUUUCAUUUUGCCAAAUGGUAUAUGUGAAUGUAUUGUAAAUUCAAAGUUUUCUUGUUUUCAUUUUAUUUUAUUUUUUGCUGAGGUUUAGAGCAUUUUUUAACCUGAUCUAAGUUAUGAAGUGCAAAAUGAUAGAGAAUGUAUUUCAGAGCAAAGUUGGAUUAUAUAAGGCAAAGAUAACUUUGCACUACACUGUUGUCUUCAAACUAUUUUCUGUGGUUACGCUUCUCAUUGCUGGAUAUAUAUCAGUAUAAUUAUGGCAGUUGAGUGUAAGCUAGUUAACUCAUAAAUGAAUAAAGCUUUCAGAUGUA